AUGUAUUACUACACAUAUGUUAACAUAGAAAAAUACAAACAACUUCUCUCUGAUAAAUUAUUUGUGCAUGCUGCUAUAAGGACAGCACGAUCUCAUGACGGGCCUGUGUAUCUGUAUAGAUUUGCUGUUGACGCCAAAAAUAAUGUUUUUAAGGCUGUUAUGUGCGGAAAUGUUCCAGGUACAUGCCAUGCGGACGAUGUACAAUAUUUGUUUAAACCAAAGCAUGCUAAAUGUUAUGAAAGUGGUACAGUCGAACGGAAUACUUCUGAAUUUCUUGCUUCUGCUUGGACAACUUUUGCAUUAUUGGGUCGACCAUAUGACUCAGAAUUGCAAACUGCACAUUGGCCUCUGUACAGUGAAAACGAAGCUUAUGUAGAUAUUACAAAUAAUUCAGUGGACAUAAAAUAUAUGUUACAAAAAGAUGAUAUUAAUUUUUGGGAUGAUUUAUAUUCACGAUCGAAUAAAAUUACGUCACGUUAA